GGUCUAUUUGUUUUUACCAGCACUUGACUUCCCUCUCACUCUACGGCAACAUAUCGAUAUAACAACCACACCUAUCUCUUUCGAAACCCUUCUCCGUGAAUCGAAAGCAAAAUGGCAGGAGAGACCUUUUCUCUUGCAGGCAAAGGCCUAAAACUAGACACCAAGGAGGAUCUCGAGAAGCACAUUCAACCACUCGCCGAAUCUUCGAAGGUCACCCACAUCGAUCUCUCGGGGAAUACACUGGGCGUCGAUGCCUGCGCCGCUCUCGCACCCAUCCUAUCCUCGAAAACCACCCUUCAGAGUGCAGACCUGCAUGACAUCUUCACUUCACGAUUACUCGAGGAGAUUCCUCCCGCGCUCUCCUCUCUUCUCACCGCACUGCUAAAAUGUCCGAAUCUCCACACGAUAGACCUGAGCGACAAUGCCUUCGGUCUGAAGACGAAAGACCCUCUCGUCGAUUUCCUGGCAAAACACGUCCCAUUAAAACACCUCAUCCUGAACAACAAUGGCAUGGGCCCCAUCGCCGGCACAUCAAUAGCCGAGGCGCUCAUCACCUUGGCCGAACGGAAACAAGCUGCCAGAAAGGAAGGCAAAGACGUCCCGGACCUUGAAAGCAUAGUCUGUGGUAGAAACCGCCUAGAAAACGGAAGCAUGCCCGCAUGGGCUAAAGCCUACGAGGCACACAAGUCUGGCAUCAAGAGCGUCAAGAUGACGCAAAACGGAAUCCGAUCCGAAGGCAUUUCACACCUGAUCUCGUCCGGCUUGUCACACUGCGAUAGCCUGGAAGUCCUCGACAUGCAAGACAACACCUUUACGUUUCAGGGCGCGCGCGCUCUAGCAAAAGCCGUCGAGGGAUGGUCGGGUCUGAAAGAGCUAGGCGUCGGCGACGAUCUGCUAGGUGGUCGGGGUGCGAUCAAAGUCUUCGAGGCGCUGGGCGAGGGCAAUAAUGAGAAGAUUGAGAUUCUGAGGCUACAAUAUAACGAUAUCAAUCCCGCUGGAGUGAAGGCCCUCCUGCAAGCGGCGAAAGACGCCCUGCCCAAAUUAAGGCGGGUGGAGCUGAAUGGCAACAAGUUCGAGGAGGAAGAUCCGUCGAUAGAGGGUCUCGCCGAACUGCUCAGCGAGAGAAAAGAUGAGGCUGGGAAGGACGACGAUGCCGAGGACCAUUGGGGCUUAGACGAGCUGGACGAGCUUGAGGGUGAAGACAGCGAUGAGGAAGAAGAGGAAGAACUAGAGGAGGAAGAGGAAGACGAAGAGGAGCAAGACAAGGCCCGUGAAAAGCUGCUUAAGGAGGACGACGAAGCUGAAGAGCAGCCCGUCACACAAAAGAAGGAUGCGGAGGUGGACGACCUGGCAAGCAAGCUGGAAAAGACUCUUUGAUUAUUCUGAUUGGCAUCUGUUGAUUGCACAAACUUGGGAGGCAGAUAGCAUACAGUGCUUUUUCGGCGUACAUGAUACCCACUAGCAUCAAUAUAUAAGUCGGGACUUGUGCUCUUGUGAAGUGGACCGACAUCAAGAUGGUUUCUGCCCCGAACUCAGCGCGUGCCAUAGCUAGCUUGUACAAUGGCGCUGAGUGUAAGCCCUCCUCAGUGACUCAGACUGCUUGCCCAUUGUCAGGUUCAGCAAGUGC